AUGGAGGAGGCGCAGCGGCUGGACUACGUAUGCGAUGACAGCAACCUGUUCUUGAAAGUGUCCAACUCUGACAGUGGCCCUGGUGUCGAUGCCAACUCCAACAGCGGCCCGGGCGUCUUUGCCGACUUCAACAGUGGCCCUGCUGUCGUUGCAGACGACCCACAAGCCCGGAGGGCCGGAAAGGCCGCAUCACCGGAUGCACAGCGUUCAACUAACAAGAGUGGUGCUAGGAAGAAGGAAACCUUCGCACCGUGUACAGACGGCCUGGAUGCACAGCGUUCAACUAACAAGAGUGGUGCUAGGAAGAAGGUAACCUUCGAACCACCUACGGACGACCGGGAUGCACAGCGUUCAACUAACAAGAGUGGUGCUUGGAAGAAGGAAACCUUCGCACCGUGUACAGACGGCCUGGAUGCACAGCGUUCAACUAACAAGAGUGGUGCUAGGAAGAAGGAUGCACAGCGUUCAACUAACAAGAGUGGUGCUAGGAAGAAGGAAACCUUCGCACCGUCUACAGACAACCGGGAUGCACAGCGUUCAACUAACAAGAGUGGUGCUAGGAAGAAGGAAACCUUCGCACCGUCUACAGACAACCGGGAUGCACAGCGUUCAACUAACAAGAGUGGUGCUAGGAAGAAGGUAACCUUCGAACCACCUACAGACGGCCUGGAUGCACAGCGUUCAACUAACAAGAGUGGUGCUAGGAAGAAGGAAACCUUCGCACCGUCUACAGACGACCAGGAUGCACAGCGUACAACUAACAAGAGUGGUGCUAGGAAGAAGGUAACCUUCGAACCACCUACAGACGACCGGGAUGCACAGCGUUCAACUAACAAGAGUGGUGCUAGGAAGAAGGUAACCUUCGAACCACCUACAGACGACCGGGAUGCACAGCGUUCAACUAACAAGAGUGGUGCUAGGAAGAAGGAAACCUUCGCACCGUCUACAGACAACCGGGAUGCACAGCGUUCAACUAACAAGAGUGGUGCUAGGAAGAAGGUAACCUUCGAACCACCUACAGACGGCCUGGAUGCACAGCGUUCAACUAACAAGAGUGGUGCUAAUAAGAAGGAAACCUUCCCACCACCUACAGAAGGCUGGGAUGCACAGCGUUCAAAUAUUAAGAGUGGUGCUAGGAAGAAGGUAACCUUCGCACCACCUACUGACGACUAG